AGGAAGUAAUUUGUAAUGUUUUCAAAAACGGAACGAUCUGCAAACAGUCCCAGAACCGGGACGUUCACAACUUCACACUCUUAUUAUACAUCCAUGACUUCACAUCGUAAACUUGCCGCUACAUGUCCUGAGGUCCAGCUCGGGGGGCGGGAGCAGCCCAUUCAUGAAGGGGUUAAAGAGGAGCAGGCUCUGUCGCUGAGCCUCCGAUGGAAGGAAGAGGUCCAUGUUCACUGAUGGAAGGAAGAGGUCCAUGUUCACUGAUGGAAGGAAGAGAUCCAUGUUCACUGAUGGAAGGAAGAGGUCCAUGUUCACUGACCUGCCCCAGAGGACCGCUGUGGAUCAUAGAGUUUGUCUGGGCUCACAGGAUGAUGGACAUACAGCAAGUUGUCGACCCCUCCUCUUGGCCGGACGUGGGCUCUCAGCCUCUGAGCGUGGAGGACCCGUGGAGGCUGCGUGUUUCCUCUGCUCAGGUUUAUUCCAUCGUGAAGAGCAGAGACACGCAGCACUUUGAGAGAGCGCUGAACUUUCUGGAAGACACACACAGACUUCUGCCCAGCCUGGUGGCUCCCAUCAAACACAUGAAGGUCAUGUUCGGCCUCAAGACCCUGCUCAUCAUGUGGAUGCUCACAGAGAGGCGAGGAAUGGUUGAGACUGUGUGUAAAAUCUGCAAAUUCUUUCCAAGUAAACUCCCUCAGUACCAGGAUCAGUGUAGCCAACAUGAGAUGUUCCUCAUGAGGAAGAACCAUGUGGAGUUCAAGGCUCUGGCUCAGACUCUUGCUAUGGACAAGGACAAACGUGAAGAUUACAUUACGAAUCACAUGGAGGAGCAGUAUGGAGAACACUACGCUCAGAAGGUAGAGGACAGACUGCUGCACUACCUCCAGCAGCUGGAGACCGUGUUACCAGGAGACACACACAUUGAUAAGAUCCUGAAGAAAGCAAGCCCUGUGACCGAGGAGGAGAAGCUGCUGUUGGAAGUGAUAACCUCUGACUCCAAGAGCAUCGCAGCAACUCUGAAGAAACUGCUGCACUGUGAUGUUGCUUUGUGUCGUCGGGCCACGACUCCUCAGUCCUCAGCACAUGGAAAGAAUGGGAUGGAAAGCUCCAAACUCUCAGGGUCUGUUCUGCAUGUCAGUGCUUCAAAGGAUCUCCACGAGUCCAUGGAGGCAAAAAUGUCCCUUCAGAACCCUCCAGUGGUUCUUCAGCGAGGGGGGGCUGAAGAAGACGGUGCUGUGUCGUUGAAGAAUGAAGAUGAUACAGAUGUUAGCAGACGGCAAACAGAGGAGAGUGUUGAGUUCAUCAUGAGGGUGGGUGAAGACAUCAGUGACAGGGAAAUGAGUUGGAGCAGCAGCGGAGGUGUUCAGGAAGCCCCCCCCCUCCCCUCAGUUCUGCUCCAAGCACCAGCGCUGGGUGGAGAGCAUCCUGCAGCAGUGUCCUGAGGAGUGCUCAGAGGAGCUCCAGGACAACGUCUCUUUGUCUCCUUUACUGUUCCAGUCGCCCUCAUCCAACACUACAUCUCAGGACUUCACCCCCUCUGGUCUCAUCCCCUCCCCCUUUGACCAAGAACUACCACCUUCAGAGACCUUCACCCAUCUUCAGACAGCUUCUCAGCCAGCAAACCCUGAGCAGAGUUCUGCACCACCGGGAUCAUCAGCGGAUCCAGUUCUGCUGCCGUCGCCCAGAGACACUCAACUGCCCCCCCACUUGACGCCGUCCGUCCGACUGCCGGACAUCGCUUCCUUCAGAAGGUUCUGCCAUUUCUCUAAACCCCAUCAAGCACCUUUCCAUCCCUCCACCUUGUCUCCAAACCAACAGGAUGCUUGUUGCUCUAGUCUUCAGGUACCAACCUCUCCACGCUGCCGUACCUCAGGGAACAAUGCUUCAGCUGGAGGAGCAAUGCAAGACUCUCUGCUCGUCCAACAUGCUCCCCAGAACAUGACACACACAGCUCCUGGGUCUCAACAUGCAUCUACCUCCACGAGCUGUCAACCUCCACUAAAACAAUCUUUUUCAAAACUUUCAAGAAAGUACAGAUGGCCUUGUAUCAACAGCAGAGCUUCACCGGUUCUGGACAGAUUGAAUCAAAACACUUGUCCGACCGUACCAGAACUCAGCGUUCCUCGGCCUCCUACAGAAGAGGCUUCUAGCGCUGCGUCCCCUUCAUCGACUUCAUCAUCUCAACCAGUUGUCCCUCAGAACUCCUUCAAACCUCCUGCACAAAACGCCAUUCAUGUUCAACCAUCAUACUCCACCGUCGUCGUCUCCUCUCCCCCCCCCUCCUGAGGCCCCGGUGGUCCGGGUGGAGAGCAGCAGGGUCCGGAGAGACGGGCUGAGGUUGUCUCUGCACAGCCAGGCCGUGCUGCUGCAGUCCACGCUGCUGCAGCCCUGCGUGCCUCUGAGCAGGCUGAGCGCUCAGGAGUGCUACAGAAUGACAGGGUGGAGGUCCUCCAGCAGAGCGUCCGAGCCGGGGGUACGAGGCAGACACGAUGACAACGGGAGGGAGGAGGAGGAAGAAGGUUCCUUUGAUCCCAACAUUCUUUAUUCCAGUUAUUCUUCAAGUAGUGCUGACGACUCCAUGGACCCUGAUUACAAACCUUGCUUGAAGAAGAGAAGACUACUCUUAGAAUAUGAAACUGCAAGGACCAUGGGUCAUACUUAAAAACAUUUAAAUAUACUGACUAUUGCUGGAUGCAAACUUGCUUUUUAACAUUAAUGAUAUUGAUAUUUUGACUUUUAAAAAAGCAAUAAAAUAUUAGCAGAGUACAUUUUUAACAUAAACAACAUUUGACUUUGUACAUUUGACACUGUAAAUAUCAACAUCCUUUGUAUAAAAUAUGAAAUGGUGACACUGUU